CGAUCCACAAUGUCUAUGCUUGACAAGUUCAAGAGGGGCGCGCACAAGGCCGGUAUACAGGCCACCGCGUUCAUCAAGGAGAGCGGGAACAAGGUUGCGAACGAAAGCAGGGACUUUGUACAGGGGUUCAGUCUCCCUGGGGAGGCGGAGAAGGCGGCUAAGAUCCUCGCUACGUUCUUGGCUGAUCCCGACCAUCCUGAAUCUGCAUUGAAUGCCAUCCCCAAGGCUGUCCUACAACGAGCGCGAGGUCUCGCCAUCUUCCAAGUCCUGAAAGCCGGCUUCGUCUUCUCGGGCAAGGCGGGCUCGGGCCUCGUCAUCGCGCGCCUGCCCGACGGCUCGUGGUCGGCGCCGUCGUGCAUCAUGACGGGCGGCGUCGGGUGGGGGCUGCAGAUUGGCGCGGACAUCACGGACUUUGUGAUCGUGCUGAACACGGAGGAGGCCGUGCGCGCGUUCUCGAUGGGCGGGAAUGUGACUAUCGGCGGGAACAUCAGCGCGACUGCUGGGCCUAUCGGAACGGGCGGGAGCGUGCAGACUGCGCUGGCGCACCCGGCGCCGAUGUUCUCGUAUUCGAAGUCGAAGGGUCUCUUCGCUGGUCUAUCACUGGAAGGCACAGUGCUCAUCGAGCGCAAGGACGCAAACCGCGACUUCUACGGAUCCCCAGUACCCGCGAAGGAUAUCCUCAGCGGUCGCGUACCCCCGCCAGAAGUCGCUUCGCGAUUAUACGAGGUCAUCGAAGCUGCGGAGGGUCUCGACGAGAGCGGCUUGCCAGAGGAAGCGUACGUCCCGACCGCAUCCGGAGAGCACAUGCCGGCGAAUACGGUGUUCGAUGCGGAGGGACACUAGGGCUGAGGCUGCCUGACCAUUGAAGGGAAUACUUACGAGUCAUCAUGAUCUGGAUAUAAUGUACAUGCAGCGGAAGGAUGUGUACGAUAUAUUUAAUGAUUUCUGUUGAUGCCGCGGAUUGUCACGUACCAUACGCACGCUAUAUAAAAUCGAGUCUCCCAACACGGUGCUAUGUCUAUGAUCAACUAUACAAGCUAUACACAUUACAGGAUUAUAUCAUCCCUCCGUCUAAAUCAUGACCAUGAUCCCAUCAAAAAUACUUGUCCCAGAAUCCCUCCGUCCCAUUCGUCUUCGCCGCUGAAUCCUGGAUGCCCAGCAGCUUCAUCACCAAAUUGUAAAGGUUGACGUUCUCGAAGCCCUCCAAGACAUACGUAUCGUCGGCUGUGGAAUGCCACCCCUCGUUGGGGUUGCCUAGGAGGCGCCGCAUCAACCUCUGCGAGUUCUGUUUCUGGACGACUUUCGUCACCGCAGAGAAGGGCCCGUGGGCGACGAAGAACGCUCUCAUCGACGGCUCGUCAUUGUCAUACCCAUGGUUCCCCUUGGUAAACCCGACAUCCCCAUCCUUCCUGGUGGUAAGCGCGUACGCCAUCUUCGGGACGAUGUAGAUCGGCGCGAUGCGCGGGUUGUCGGAGAAGUGG